AUGGUACACCUUGUGGCUGUACCAGAGACAAUCACGGCAAGUGGCUGUGCUUGUGUCUUUAUUGACACCAUCUUCCGACUUCAUGGGUUGCCCCGUGAACUCGUAUCAGACAGAGAUCCACGAUUCACUGCUGAUUUCUGGCGUUCCGUGUUCAAAUCACUCGGAACGCGCUUGAAGAUGUCAACAUCUGAUCAUCCAGAGUCAGAUGGUCAGACGGAACGUGCCAACCGUGUCCUCGAAGAGAUACUUCGAGGAUACGUACACUCCUUUAAGAGUUGGAGUGAGUUUUUGCCGAUGGUAGAGUUUGCCAUCAACAACUCGGUGCAUGCGUCCACGACACAUACACCGUUUUACGUGAAUGGCUUGCGCCAUCCGCGUGUACCCACCUUACUAGAGUGUAACUCUGGUUUAAGGGGGGGAGGGACUCGCGCGAGCAAAAACCGAUUUGGUUCACGCUCAUCACGCUCUGACGAGGAAGUCAUUGCGUUUGAUGCCGAUAUCGAUAACAUCGAUAUCGAAGAAGAUGAUGCCAGUGAGAGUGCGGAAGCCCUCACUGAAGAAGAUGAUCCAAGUGAGAGUGCGGAGGCUCUCACUGAAGAAAAGGUUGAUGUUGCUGCAGUGCGCUCACAGCACACUGAAGCUAACGAGUCAUCAGAUGAGUUCAUACUGGCUCGUGAAACGGUAGUCCGUUUUGUGCAAGACUCCAUCGCCGAAGCGGUGACUUAG